AGAAGUGUUCUUUUCCCUAUUUUAAACGGAAACCGGUGAGGGUUGUAUGUAACUGGAACAAGCUUUUUUUCAUCCCCGCUCUCGUCCUUCCAUGCUGUCAUCGCACUGCUUGUCAUCGAGGACCAGCUUCUUUCUCCUCAUCUCAACUCCAUCAUAGCAGCAAAGAAGCUAAGUUCAAUCAGCAAUCAACGCACGUUCUAAGUCGAUUGAGACUUCUGUAUCCAGGUGGACUGAUUCUUGGUCACCUCCGGUAUCACGUUAAUAUUUUUGACCCUUUAAAGUUCUGAAACUUGGAGAUAUUGGAUGCUUAUGUUUGAUAUUUGAAGCUUAUGGAUGACCAUACUGAACAACCUCUUCCACCCGGGGUUCUUUCUACGUCAUAUUCUUCACCACUUGUGCCAACUUUGAAUCCUGCUGGACAUUUUCCCCAGUCCUUUCAGAAAACUGCUAAUUUUUGUUACCAUGCUGGCAAUGGCGAUGGAACUCUUUUCCCUGUGGUCACUUCUGUUCAACCUUUCAUUGAAUCUUUUCAUACCUCUGAACACGUGCCUUCUGAGGCUAUACUCAAUACUUUACCGUCCAAUUUGGAAUCUAUUAAUGGAUUGAAGUUACAGCCACAAAGUGCUAAUGAUCUUGAGAGUGCUGCUCAGAAUGCUGUUUUUCAUGAACAGGAAAUUUCUGCACAAAAAGUAAUACAAAGUCAAAGAGAAGCAAGGAAUGCAAGUGGACCUAAGGAUAAUUCAGAUAUUUUCUCCGGUCGUCAUGACCCAAAUGCUUUAAAGGAGCAUUUACUCCAAAUGACAGCAGAGCAUCGUAUGCAAAUGUCCUUAAAGCGUGGAAAGUCAACACAGCCUGAACAAGGUAAUGUGGAAAUUGGAAAUGGAUAUGGAGUGCCAGGUGGAGGUGCUUAUUACAGUGCCUCAAAUACCGAUGUGUCGAUCUCCAAGACAAGUACAAUCACUGGUCAUAGAACAAAUCAACAUGGUACAGACCCUAAUGGGGGUUCUGAACAUAAUUGUGUUGGUAAAGAAUUGCCUGAAUACCUCAAGCAGAAGUUGAAGGCUCGAGGUAUUCUGAAAGAUGAUUCAAAAAUAGAGAACCAAGGCAUAUCAAUCAAUAGCUCAAAGGCACAAUUAUCAAAGACAUCCGAUGCCACCUUGCCUGUGGGAUGGAUCGAAGCCAAGGACCCUACAAGUGGUGCUUUAUAUUAUUAUAAUGGAAGUACUGGGAAAAGUCAGUGGGAAAGACCUAUUGAGGCUCCUGCACAAGUUUCUGGGGUGUGUUCGGGACUUCCUGAAUAUUGGCAGGAGGUUCUUGAUGAAUCAACUGGUCAAAAAUAUUACUAUAACUCACAGACUAAUGUAUCACAAUGGGAACAUCCUUCUAAACCACAGCAGGUUGCCAUUCAGCACUGUGAUAGAGCAGUCACCAACAAUGCAACUAAUGUAACUCGGGUUGACCAAGCUUCCACAUUCCAGAGAUGCAUUGAAUGUGGUGGAUGGGGUGUGGGCCUUGUACAAUCAUGGGGUUACUGCAAACAUUGCACUCGAGUUCUCAAGCUUCCUCAAAGCCAGUAUGUGUCAGCAAAUGUGGAGAGACAACAACAAACUUCUGGGGAUGCAGGUGUCACAGAAGACUCUGACAAGAAGUUUCAGAGGCAGAGGUCUAAUUUCAAACCACCAAUGAGUAAAAGCAACAAAAAAGACAAACGGAAACGCACAAAUGAUGAGGAUGACGAAUUGGAUCCCAUGGAUCCAAGCUCUUAUUCAGAUGCUCCUAGGGGUGGUUGGGUUGUAGGUCUCAAAGGAGUGCAACCACGGGCAGCAGAUACCACUGCAACGGGUCCUCUCUUUCAGCAGCGCCCUUACCCAUCUCCUGGAGCAGUCUUGCGUAAAAAUGCUGAAAUUGCUUCUCAAAGGAAAAAUACUAAAUCUAAUCUUACCCCUAUAUCCAAGAGAGGUGAUGGUAGUGAUGGACUGGGUGACGCUGAUUGAAGAAUUUAAGCCAUUGUGUUAUAUUUAUUCGCUUAAAGGAGGAUUCACAGAAAGGGAACUUUUCCCAGUUGAAGUUGCUUCACCACAAGGAGCUAGUCAUACUCACAUUCUAAUCGUAGAGGCUGCAAGAACAGGCAUGAAUGAAUAUUCUUCUCGAAGUUCCUGACAUACUGCUGAAAGAAUUUCAUCCAAAAAUGCAAUAGGCAUGUAGAACAUAAAAUUUGCAGUUAAAAUGCUAGUGUCUAAAUUCCUCCUCCUCCUUCAGAAAAAGACUUCCAAACUUCAUAAACAGGGACUGCUGUAGGAGCAUAGGCCAGCCGCUGUAUAGAAAGCUAUUUAUUGUAAUCAUAUAUGUGUUUGGCAUACGGUUUUUUUUUUUCUUCUUUUUUUUUUGAGAAAGAGGUCAUGAAAAGGAAAAAAAAAUGAAUUCUCUACAGUAGUCACCACUCUUGCAGGAUUAGGAAGCUAGAACACUUGGAUCCUACUGAGUGUUCACUUCUCUUAUCUAAUUCGUUUCACUAUAUUAUUCUAAAAAGGAAAUUUUCAUUUAUCAUUUA